AGUUCUCCUGAUCAGUUGUACUGAAAAAUGUACACAAUUUGUUGCUGAGUGAUUAUUCCCCUUUAUCUUACAUUCGUUUCUUUUAAUUAAUUGUGGACGAUUCAGAAACCCAGUGUAGUUAGUUCGUCGCCAAAGAUCCUUCCGUAUUCUUGAAUCGUUUAGCACCGUGAGCGUUCCAGAAUGUCCCGUUACAAUCAAUCCAACCCCAGCAGCUAUGCCCAAACCUAUAAACUCGUAGUAGUGGGAGGAGGAGGUGUCGGAAAAUCUGCAAUCACCAUCCAAUUCAUACAGAGCUACUUUGUCACCGAUUACGAUCCGACCAUCGAAGACUCCUACACCAAGCAGUGUGUUAUCGAUGAUGUUCCGGCGAAACUUGAUAUUUUGGAUACUGCCGGCCAGGAGGAAUUUAGUGCUAUGCGGGAGCAGUACAUGAGAUCGGGUGAAGGUUUUCUCCUAGUAUUUGCUGUAACUGAUCAUGCCAGUUUCGACGAGAUGUACAAAUUCCACAAGCAGAUUCUACGUGUCAAAGAUCGCGAUGAGUUCCCAAUGCUGAUGGUUGGCAACAAAUCGGAUCUAGAUCAUCAAAGGGUUGUGCCCCUCGAAGAGGCCCAACAGUUGAGUAGACAGUUGAAAAUUCCGUACAUCGAAUGUAGCGCAAAGCUGAGAAUUAAUGUAGAUCAAGCUUUCCAUGAACUAGUUCGUGUAGUUCGAAGAUUCCAAAUAUCCGAAAGACCACUCAUUGACGAGAAAAGUAAACGAAAGGGUGGUAAAAAGAAGUGUUGCAUUCUGUAAAGAAAUAGCUUUCGCUGAUUUCUUUAUACGCACAACUCAGUCUAAAUGCGCACUGUAUGGCGAAAUGAAAGUCCAUUAGUUUUGGUCCGAGACACAAAAGGAAAGAUCACAUAAAUAACUGCCGUACUAUUUGUCAUGCAACGUGAUUAAUAAUAGAACUAGACAAUACUAAUUGUGGCACAAAACUGUCUAAUACGAACUUCACCGAAAAAUCUAAUUCUUAACCUACAUAUCCUAUUAAAGAAUUUAUCCCAUUUAACUCCUUUUGUGCCAUACAAUUAUAUACGAUUAUUGAAUUUUAAAGUGAAAACUCAUAAACAUAUGUGCCUAAUCGAUAUUCAAUAUCAGUACAGAAAUACUGGCAGGAACAGAGGUCAGUCAGUUGUUACAAAGAAGAAGAACGACUCGGGGAGUAAAUCGAAGAAGACGGCCAUGCAAGCAUUUUUAAACCUUAGUUUCGUCCUUUGCUUUAAGUUACAUUAUUUGUCAGCCCUGCCCUGACAAAUUGAAACGAACAUUUUACUAGGUGUGUUCGAAGAAGAUUUCGUUCACGAUAUACAAAAACACGUAUCAAACAUAUAUUAUCUAUUUUUGAACAGAUGAAAAAAACAGAACUAUAUUUACUACUUAUGUGUAAAGAGACUUAUACUAUAGGUAGCUGGAUGUUAUAUUGUGCUUGAAUUGAAAGGAGCUUUUUAAGAAAAUAUAUAUAAGAUAAAUUUUUAUUCAUGUUAACAAAACUGUACGCAAAUAUUAAUAUAAUAUCGGAUGCUUAUGGUGUGAGCUCCCAAUCAAGAUGAUGUUGGCAAUGUAACCGUUUGAAAUUGUUUGCAAUGUAGCUUCAAUAAUAUUAACCAAAUUAAAAUCAGCUUUAAAUGUACUUUGAACUGAACCGUUCAAAACACUAAAAGAUACGCAAAGCGAAAAAAAUAUAUAUAAAAAAAUAUUGCAGAAACAUUUCGGUGCUAUUUGGACACAUAAAAAAGAAAGGUUUUAAAUUAUAUUGUCGUGUAACUGUUUGUCAAACAUGUUUUAAUUAAA